UGUGCUCGUAUUUUAGUUAGAGGUGAAAUUAAAAAGUUUUAAAAAAUGAUUACAUCAAAUACGAAUUAUAUAAACGAAAACAGUGGCAUUUUUAAUAAUAAUAUCAGUUCGAUAACGAAAUUACAGAAAAAAGUUAGUAAUUCAUUGUCAAAUAUGCGAACACCUCAACAGGAUCGGAUAACGCAUCAAAAUGAUUUUCCAUUUUUCGCAACUUUAAAUAGUAUACGAAAAGUAAAUUAUGUGAAGCAACCAGCGAUUGAAGAUUUUGAAAUAAUAAAAUCGAUAAGUAAGGGUGCAUUUGGUAAAGUUGACAUGGCGAUCAAACGUAACGAUCCAUCGCAAGUGUUUGCGAUUAAAACAAUUAAAAAGUCGGAUAUUAUAAAAAAGAAUAUGGUCUCAUCCGCAGUAACUGAACGUAACGCAUUAGCAUUAUCACGGAGUCCAUUUUGUGUUCAUCUAUAUUAUUCAUUACAAAAUGCCGAUUCAAUUUUCUUGGUAAUGGAAUAUAUGGUUGGUGAUUUAAAAUCAUUGCUAUCGAUAUUUGGUUUUUUUGAGGAGGAGAUGGCGUUGUUCUAUGUAGCUGAGAUCACGUUGGCUCUAGAAUAUUUACAUAAACAUAAUAUUAUUCAUCGUGAUUUAAAGCCAGACAAUAUUCUGUUGGCCAAAGAUGGUCAUGUCAAAUUAUCUGAUUUUGGUCUAUCGGAAAUUGACGUCAAAAGAGAUCUAGUUUUAUCAGACUUAAUGAACAUUAAUUCACCAGCUGUCAAUUUAUGCACACGAACUCCUGGUCAACUUUUAUCGUUAACUAGUCAUUUUAGUUUUGGGUCAGGGGAUAAUAAAACUUUUAUUCAUACGAACGAGUCCACACCAAAUACAACGUCGAAAUAUCCAAGUCAAAUCGAUUUAAAGAAAUCCUUCACUGCAUCCCUUGUCCGAUUAAUGGAUCACUGUAAUACGCAUGACUCAACAAAUGUAAAUUUACCGCUAAGAAUGUCCGGAAUUACACCGUUCCUCACGCCAAAUGCAUUCAAUAAUGUUUCUAAGGAUGCAUCAUUUUCAACAUGUAAAAAUGAUACAAUGUGUACAUCGUACGAUGAAAAAUAUGACACAUGUAAAAGUGAAUUAUCAUCCGUGAACAAUGAUUCAGAAUUGGACGAUUCAAAUCAUCGAAAAAUAAUCGAUUCAAAUAAUACAACUUUGUCGGCAUGUAAACAACAUAUUCGACGACGACGUAGUUCGGUUUCAGAGAGUUUUGUUGCUCGAAAACGUAAAGCGUAUGAAUUAUCACCAGAGUUUGGUUCAACACCGAAACGUCGUGAUUUACGUUCAAGUCCACAUCGACAUAUAUUUACGCAAUAUUCGUUUGGCGCUAAAAAAUUACGUCGAUGGAAUUCCGAUACAGAAAACGGACGUGUUAUACACAACAUUAAAUUCUCAACAUUUGUUGAGCAAAAAUCAAAUCAGACGCAUGGAUACGAUCAGGAUCAAUCAUCAUUUAUGUCGCCAUUAUUACCAGGUGUUUUGCCACCAUUAAAAACACCGAAAUCAGUUGGACGUCAACAGACACGUUUAGUUGGUACUCCUGAUUAUUUAGCUCCUGAAUUACUUUUAGGCGACACACAUACAGCGGCUGUUGAUUGGUGGGCUUUAGGUGUAUGUUUGUACGAGUUUGUCACUGGUAUACCACCAUUUAAUGAUUCCACUGUUGAGCUCGUCUUUCAUAAUAUUAUCAAUCGAGUUUUGGAAUGGCCUGAAGAUGAUGAAGCACUAUCACCAAGCAUGGUUUACACAAUAGAAAAUUUAUUAACCACGGAUCCAUCAAAACGUCCAGCUGCGCAUGAUGUCAAAACAAUGCCAAUCUUUCAAAAUAUCGAUUUUAGUCAUUUAUUAGAAACUACACCCCCUUAUAUUCCAAAUACCAGCGAUUAUGAAACAAAUCUUUUUCGACCUCCUGCUGCCAGUGACCCAACUGAUUUAAAUAUAAUCCACGAAGAAAAUAAAGAAAAUAUUACGUAUGAAAAUUGUGAUAAUUGAUAAACAAAAAAUUUUUUUUUUUACUGGCGUACAAAUACGGGUAUUUUAGCUUUUCUUGAAACUUUUACAUGAAACUUUGUAUAUAUUUAGAAUGUAUUUAAAUUAUUUUUUAAUCGUCAAGAUCAACCAAGCACGGAUUCAAAGAGGGACAAUUGCCCAAAUGAACCAGAGUUUUUUAGUUUUUUUUAUCGAGUGGAGACAAAGAAAAUGAAAAGAUGCGAACAUGAAAAGUGAAAUGUUGUUGAAAAGUUUGUGGAUCCGUGUUU